AUGGACUCCUGGUCAAAAGUGCCUCUUUCCCAUACGUUAUGGUCUCCCCACGAUACCGUCAAGGACGCUGCCGAGUCUUUAGGGAUAAAUGUUCCAGAAGAUGCUGCCAAAAAUCUUGCAAUGGAUGUCGAAUAUCGUAUUCAUGAAAUAUUGGAAACGGCAAUCAAGUUCAUGAGACAUUCCAAACGGAAGUUGUUAAUGACAGAUGAUAUAAACCACGCGUUAAGUGUUCUUAACAUCGAACCGUUAUAUGGAUACGACAAUUCUCAACCAUUGGCUUUUAAAGAGGCCUUAGUUGGUGCUGGUGGCCAAACAUUGUACUAUGUUGACGACCACGAGGUUGAAUUUGAAAAACUUAUCAACCAAGAAUUGCCAAAGGUUCCAAGACAAACCACUUUCACUGCUCAUUGGUUAGCUAUCGAAGGAGUUCAACCAAUGAUUCCUCAAAAUCCUCUUCCUUCGGAAAUUAAAAACUUACCACCUAUAAUAAGAGGUGCCACCUCAUCUAUUCUUGGAAAUGAUAUAUUGAGCAAUACUGGUGCUUCCAGCGCAUCAGAUGCGAAAGAUACUUCAGUUAGUUUGAAGGGUAAGAAAUCUGCCACUAACGAUAAAGAAACUGACAUUAAACCUUUGGUUAAACAUGUAUUGUCAAAAGAAUUGAAAUUAUAUUUCGAUAAAGUUGUUGAAGUAUUAGUUUCAACUGAACCUGAAAAGGAGACUUUAAAACAUGCCGCUAUCACCUCCUUAACCAACGAUCCGGGUCUUCAUCAAUUAGUUCCUUAUUUUAUUCAAUUUGUUUCUGAACAGAUCACUAAUCAAUUAUCGAAUAUUCAUAUUUUGACAACUAUGCUUGAGGUCAUCUCUGCUUUGGCAGAUAAUAAAACAAUUUUCCUCGAUCCUUAUGUUCAUGCUUUGAUGCCUUGUAUACUUACGUUAUUACUUGCCAAAAGAAUUGGUCCUCCAAUCAAAGAUCUUUCAGACUCUCAAUCCCAACAAGCCUUUGAGGCUCAGAUAACACUUCGAGGAUUUGCUGCAAUCUUGCUAGAGCAUGUUAUUAAAGUUUACGGUAACUCAUACUCAACCCUUAGGCCAAGAGUAACUAGAACUUUAUUAAGAGCUUUGUUAGACCCUUCUAAACCAACAGGUACUCAUUAUGGGGCUUUACUAGGCUUGAAAAAUAUGGGUUCCGAAGUCAUAAACUUGGUCCUCGUUGGAAAUUUGAAGAUGUGGUGCAAACUGGUAAUACUUGAAGGAAAUAAAUCCGAUUACGAAAAGGAUAUCUUAUUAAAUACCACAUUGGAUACUUUAAGAAAAACAAAAGUUGAAGAAAAAUUAUCGAAAGAUGACAUGGAGGUAGAUUCUGCUUCAGCAUUGUCGGAUGAAGUUAAAGAAAAAUUAAAUGAUAAGGUUGGUUCAACAAUUGCAGAUCUAAUUUUAGCUCAAGAAGAUGCAAAAGACAUCACAAGAGGUAUCUUUUUCGGUGAAUUAAGUAUUUGA